AUGCGACUCAAGCUGCUGCUGUGCAUGGUUGUUGUGAAUUUUGCUGUUCCGUCCGGCAUCUUGUUGGAUCGAGUCCAGGGAGUGUCGAAACUUUCUCUCUGUCUUCGAGGAGGACUCGAUUUCUACCCUUCCUCCUCAUGGGAGGAUGAAUACAAGCACCUGCAUCCCGACCGGUUCAACAAGAGUGACGAGGUCUACCCAGACCUGAAGAAGAUGUUCAACGGGACACUGAGGUUGAUGGAGGAGGCCUUAAAGAACGAGAGACAGCACAAGGAGGCAUGGCGUCGCUUCUCACUCUCGGACUUGGAGGUCGACCAUGACGAGUACGAGCCGGACAACCUUGACCCGUUCGACAUGGACAAGGUGUACGUGGGGCCGAACAAGGCGAAGGACAUUGAGCUCCUCAAGCACAUGAAAAUGCAUCGCUGGCUCCACGAUCGGAAGUUCAACGACAGAAUGGGCCGAGCCCUGCACGAUGAAGUGAUGAAGACAAAGCACUUCAACUUUCGCUGCAUGUCGGCUGUUGAGAUUUAUCACUUUCAAGGAAGGAAACUGAUGGAAGCUGCCAAAUUUGGAGACUUGGAUGAGAUCACCCGGUUGAUAGAGUCAGGUGUCAGUGUGAACCAUCAGAACAUUUUCCACGAUUCUCCCCUACACUGGGCUGCCGUGCAAGGGAGGCACAAAGCAGUGACGCUGCUCAUCAGGUACGGCGCAAACGUCAACCUGCAAACGGAGAGGGGGAGGACGCCGCUGCACAACGCUGUCGCCAUAUCCGACUGUCGGAUCGUCUACGACCUGCUUCGAGCUGGAGCGAACCCGCACCUGCAAGAUGCGAGUUUCUUCAAUCCCUUGGAUCUCGCCGUGCACAUCAAAGAGCAUGACCAUGAGAACGCCGUGAUAGAGAACCAAAAGGUCAUCGAGAUGCUGAUGGAGGCGAACGGUGCUCGCAGCCGAGUCUCCUCUCCCACCCGCAGCAACGUGACGGAAGGGAAGGUGUACGACAUUUUCUCGCCGUUUCAUGAGGUCAAGGACGAAGGAGAUCCGAUUGUCGUCUACGAGGAGAACCUGACUGAAUCUCGAUGGGAGUCUUUCUGCAGCGAGGCUGAAAAAGGUUUCCCGCAAGAGGUGCGAGAGGAAGCUCAGCGGUACAUCGACGAGGCCGAGGCUUUUACGGGGUCAGGCAAGAGACGCGACAAGGUCGCGAGGAACAAGCAGGAGAAGAAGGUCGAGAAAGUGGAAAGAAAGGAAGCGGCUCAAUCUCCCUCGGCCGGGCCCGAAGAAGAGAUAGGAGGACAGCAGGGCUUCUUGCUGCUUCAACUCUGUGGGGGGAUCUGGUCUUGA